AUGAUCACACUUGGGCAAGCGUCAUGCAUGGUGCUCGACAUGGUGCCUACUGACGAAAACAGGAAAAAGGCCGUUGACUUCAUGGCAGCGUCACCAUUUAAAGUGACUUAUACAAGUACCAAAGGCCAUUUUGAACCUUUUGCAUUAGCCAAAACAAUCAUCGCGAAAAAUCCAUACAAGUACAAAAUUUACCCAGCAACACCUCCAACAAGUCCAGAACAAUCUGAUACAGAAGACAGCGACUCAAAUGCAUUGGAAACAAAAAGUGUGAGCAGCUCUUCUUCUGAGGAAUCACAGUCUAAUUACUCUACCGAUGGUGUUGUCAAGGUGGCCAAGCUUUUAUUUACCAAAGAGGAUGUUGGCUCGGCCGAACUUUACUAA